AGGAACGAUGCCAAGGUGCAAGAACGCUUCCUUGGGUCAAGAAACCGCAGCAGAGGAGACUGAGAGGCCAUGGCGUCGUGAAGGGAGCAAGUAUAUUCACAUUCAAACGGGUCUCGCCUUCAAUACUGGAGCUUCAGUUGAGAGGUUCCACAACAUCUUCCUCACGAAGGACCUCUUCAAAUCAGCGACCUAUGCCCCGAACUUUACUCGGGCUCAGGUGCCGGUCAAGAAGACGUGUUUCAUCAAUGAAGCCAAGUUUUCCCGGAUCGUGUAUCGAGAGGAGGGGGAUGUUGCACCAAAUCUAGACCUGAUAGUCGCCGAAGAAGAAGAAGAAAGCCAAAACGAGAAUCAAGCUGAGUCAUCUCAAGCCGGAGGAAGUCGAGCCACGGAGCGCGUCACUCGUCAACGGAGGACUCGUCCGAGAGAAGAAGCACCGGAACCUUCUUGGGUGAAGAAGAUCUUCGAUACUCUCACGUGCAUCCGAGAUGACGUUUGCCAGCUCAACGAGAGGAUGACUCGUCUUGAGCAAUCUCGCUCCUACCGUGGCCCGCGUCACAGCUUUGGCGGAGGAGCUCGUCCGGCGAACUCUCUUUGAUUGUUAUUUUCUCUUGACUAAUUAUGAUACAUUGCUAUUUGUUUUGACUCUUUUGGUGGAUGAUGAUGUUUCCUUUCGAUGUUGCUAGUUGAUAUUAACUGCUUGUGUAUUAAUAUCUUUGUAGGCUUGGCAAUAUUGUUCUUAUUUAGAACAUAUUGUCCCUUUGUGGCAUUUUUUGUAAGAGUUCUCUUUUAAAGAAAACUCUUGCCUUUUU